CGGGGCGGGACGUCCGGUCUCUGGUGGGUGCAGGAGGCGAGAGCGCGUCCCGGAGCUCAGGCUGCUGCGAGCGGCGCUCCAGUCCCCGCUGCCCUCUGCACCCCGGCCCGCAACGCUCGCCAUGGCCCAGCUGCCCCCUGACGUCGACGAGGACGACUGUCUGCCUGAGUACCGCCACCUCUUCAGCCCCGAGCUGCUCCGGGACAAAGUGGCCUUCAUCACAGGCGGGGGCUCCGGCAUCGGCUUCCGUAUAGCUGAGAUUUUCAUGCGGCACGGCUGCCACACAGUCAUCGUCAGCAGAAGCCUUCCGAGAGUGACAGCGGCUGCCCAGAAGCUGACUGCUGCCACAGGCCAGCGGUGCCUCCCUUUAUCUCUGGAUGUGCGAAGCCCCCCGGCCAUCAUAGCCGCAGUGGACCAGGCCCUGAAGGAAUUUGGGAAAAUCGACAUUCUGGUUAACUCUGCGGCUGGGAACUUCCUCUGUCCUGCCAGUGCCUUGUCCUUCAAUGCCUUCAAGACUGUGCUGGACAUCGACACUUUGGGCACCUUCAAUGUGUCUCGCGUGCUCUAUGAGAAGUUCUUGCGGGACCAUGGAGGGGUGAUUGUGAACAUCACUGCAACCCUCGGCGCCCGGGGUCAGGUGCUGCAGACACACGCGGGCUCUGCCAAGGCGGCUGUGGAUGCAAUGACCCGGCACUUGGCGGUGGAAUGGGGGCCCCAGAACAUCCGCGUCAACAGCCUGGCCCCUGGCCCCAUCAGUGGUACAGAGGGAUUCCGGCGGCUGGGUGGCCCGGGGGCCAGCGCAGCUAUGAGGGCUCAGGCCAGCCCCCUGCAGAGGCUGGGGAACAAGACGGAGGUGGCCCACUGCGCCCUCUUCCUGGCCAGCCCACUGGCUUCCUAUGUGACGGGGACUGUGCUGGUGGUGGAUGGUGGCUCCUGGCUGACGUUCCCGAACGACAUCGGCCGCCUCGCCCACGUGUCCUCCGCUAAGCUCUAGGUGCAGAGCAGCAGGUGGACGCUCACAGGGGGCAGCAGCUACCGCCUGCCCACGGAGUCUGGCCACAGCCUGCUGCCCCUGAACCUCUCACCCCACCCCGCCCACCUGCCCAUACCAGCUUAUCUUCUGGGCUCACUGGGUUCAACACAUGAUUUACACGUGGAAGAUUUUCGAUUUCUCAUCCCCUGAGCACAGAGCUGGGAGUUGCCCCUGAACACUGCUGAUUGUGGUCCAAUAAAAAUAACAAAUGCAGAA